CAUGCUACGAAUGGAGUCUCAACUUUGAGACUUUCUUAUUUUAUUUCAAAAUUGUUUCCUUCCCCUUAACAAUCCAUUUUUUCCUGCAACAUGUCCGCUCCGGAAAGCAGUUGUCGGCGGUGGAUCCUCAAAAAUUUUGUCCCAGGACCCUGUCGAAAGUGCUAUGAAUCGACCGAAGGACCAUGUAUCGACUACAAGGUGACGGCGCCUUUGCCUGGCGAGGUUGAACCUCUGGCCGAUGUCAUUCAGGCCACCAUCGAACCGCAGGCCGAUCAGGCCACCAUCGAACCGGACGGACCCGUUCGCCAGGAGAUCAACAUCCGGGCGGAGUGCAGCAAGGGAAGGCCGCUCCUGGAGUCCGACAAGGACAAGCUGCGGUGCUGCACCAUGUGCGUGGCCCAGGAGCAGGACAUCCGGCCCAAUCUCUGCUCGGCCGCCUGCAGACCGCUUCGCACCUAUUUGCACUUGGAUGAGUGGACCAAGCGUCCCCGGCCGAAACCCACCUACCAGCACUCGGUUAUUCUGGACCACGACACCAUGGUGGGUCGAUGCUAUCCGGUGAAAUUUCAGCUGAAACGCAUGAAGAACAAGUGUCUGGAUUGCGGUAGGGAUCUCUACUUCCGGUACCCAAUAACCAACAACAGUGACCUGCUGCUCAUAAAGAACUGCUGCGAUGUGGAGGUCUAUCCUGCGAAUAGGGUGGACAACAUGAACAAUGUGAGGGUGACCAAGAUUUCGGGAGCGAAGAAGUUUGCAAACAGUUUGCUCAAGGAGCGGUCCGAGUGCCGGUUGUUUAGCCUGGCCAGCCAGCCUCCCCCAGAACCUCAAAAUCCCAUGGUUACCUUCGAAAGCAAGAAGAGUGCAAGAGGCAGCAGGAAGAGUGCAAGAGCCAGCAGGAAGAGUGCAAGGGGCAGUAGGAAAAGUAAGAAAUGAAGCUAAAUAAAUUUUUUUUUAAUUCCAAAAUAGACAAAAAAUUAAACUAAAAAUAAUUUUAAUUAUACAAAAUCAAGUGUAACAAUUAAAAACCGCAAAUACAAGUCAAACAAAUUCAAAAUUCCCAAGAAAUAUAUUUUUAAGAUUAGAGAGGAACUUGAGUUGGGAAUCAUAAGAUAAAGUAAACUUGAGUGAAAGUCCACCCAAAACUCUCACUCAAACCUGAGUUUAAGCUCCU